CGCCGCCGACUUCGCCGCCUCCCCGCGUUCGCUCCGGCUUGCCGGGACUCGCCAUGAGCGGCGGGGCCGCUCGCCCGCCAGAGCCGCGCAGCCAGGGCCGGGGCAGCCCCGCCGCCCCGCUGCCAGAUAUUACCAUGAGUAUCAGUUGGAGCACAAGGAGCUAUGGUAAUAGGAGUGUUUGGGAGAGCUGGGUCUUGUUUACUUGAGAAAGGUAGCAUUGGUACAUCCUUUCAAUGCCACUCAAUCCAUCAAGAUCACAUUUGUAGUGAUGACAGUGACAAGAGUGAAGACAGUCCCAGUCCCAAGCGACAACGCCUUUCCCAUUCAGUAUUUGACUACACAGCAACAUCACCAGCCCCAUCACCGCCAAUGCGACCAUGGGAGAUGACAUCAAAUAGGCAGCCUUCUUUGGCUCGACCCAACCACCACCACUUCUCAGGGGAACGAUGCAACACACCUGCACGAAACAGGAGAAGUCCUCCAGUUCGACGUCAGAGAACAAGAAGAGAUCGUUUGUCUAGACAUAAUUCCAUUAGCCAGGAUGAAAACUAUCACCAUCUUUCUUAUGGACAGCAGCAAGCAAUAGAGGAGCCCCGAGCCUUUCACCCGCCAAAUGUAUCUCCUCGUAUGUUGCACCCAGCUGCUCACCCACCGCAGCAGAAUGCCAUGAUGGUUGACAUUCAUGAUCAAAUCCAUCAGGGCACAGUUCCGGUCUCGUACACAGUGACAAAUAUGGCUCCACAUGGGAUACCACUUUGCACAGGCCAGCAUAUCCCUGCCUGCAGCGCACAGCAGGUCCCAGGGUGCUCAGUAGUUUUCAGUGGGCAGCAUCUUCCAGUUUGCAGUGUGCCUCCCCCAAUGCUUCAGGCGUGCUCAGUCCAGCACCUACCUGUACCAUAUGCAGCAUUUCCACCCCUCAUUUCUAGUGAUCCAUUCCUUUUGCAUCCUCCUCAUAUCUCUCCACACCACCCUCCUCACUUGCCUCCUCCGGGACAGUUUGUUCCUUUCCAAGCACAGCAGUCACGGUCGCCUCUUCAAAGGAUAGAAAAUGAAGUAGAACUGCUUGGAGAACAUCUUCCUGUAGGAGGUUUUACAUACCCUCCCUCAGCCCAUCCACCAGCAUUGCCUCCCUCAGCUCCUCUUCAGUUCUUAACCCAUGAUCCUUUACACCAGGAGGUGUCAUUUGGUGUACCUUAUCCACCUUUUAUGCCUCGAAGACUCACAGGGCGCAGCAGAUACCGAUCACAGCAGCCAUUACCACCACAUCCUUACCAUCCCAGCCUACUACCUUAUGUGCUAUCAAUGCUCCCAGUGCCACCUGCAGUUGGACCAGCUUUCAGCUUUGAGUUGGAUGUGGAGGAUGGAGAGGUAGAAAACUAUGAGGCACUGCUGAAUUUGGCAGAACGUCUUGGAGAAGCCAAACCACGAGGACUGACAAAGGCAGACAUUGAACAGCUUCCAUCCUAUAGGUUCAAUCCAAACAACCACCAGUCAGAACAGACAUUGUGUGUGGUUUGCAUGUGUGAUUUUGAGUCAAGGCAGCUACUUAGAGUCUUACCCUGUAACCACGAGUUCCAUGCCAAGUGUGUCGAUAAAUGGCUGAAGGCCAAUCGUACCUGCCCAAUUUGUAGAGCUGAUGCUUCAGAAGUGCAUCGUGAUUCAGAAUGACCAAUCUAAGAGCACAAACCUGGUUUGGAUGUUCCUGGUCACAUGUAUAUAUGAACUAUCUAUUGAACUUACCCAUGUGGCUUCCAGCCUGCCCUUUACACAGAAGGGUGAAUGGACCUUACUUUGCACUGUGUGACUUAAUCGAUUACAAAGCUUAUAACUAGUCUUCACAGUUACGGGAUUGUUAUACUAACAGUGUGCUUGGAACUCCAAAGAUUAUGGAUUUUUUUUGGCUUAUUUUUUUUGUGUGUGCACUAACAUUCCCUGGUUUUUGUGUGAUCAUUCCGAGUGUUGCUGCAAGAUUACUGUGGACGUGAUCUUUUAGCAUGUGCUUAUAUUAAAGAAAGAGAAGGAAAAAAAACAGUGGUAGCUUCAAACAAUAUCGUAAUCUACCUUUUAUAUAUAGAGCCUUCAGAUACUGUGAGUGGGAAUGAGUGGUGUGAAUGUAUGUUUGCUUGUGAGAGGAUAUGUGAAGUGUGCUUGUGACUGAGUGUGCAUGUGUGUUUGAGAACCUAUGUACCAGCAUGUACUGAGAACGUAUGUGUGUAGUAAUACUUAUGCUGCAAUGUAUAAUCUUGUGUGUUAUUUAAACAGUACUAGUACUGUACACUGGUUCCUUUCCUUGUGUUUGCAGUUGCACACUGAAUGCAGUGGAUGCAGCAAUUACAGAUAUUUAGUAUUUCCUCCCCAAUGUACUUACAGGUAUAAAGACCUUUGUACGUACUAUUCAAACAGCUGUUACGCUUCCCCUUCAUUGAAGGCUUUAAAUGUGUACCACUAAAGUGCAUUGAUUGUUCGUACACGAGUAAUAUGUUACAGAGUCUGAUUUCUUAAAUGGCUGAUUUACAAGUUAUGUUAUCAAUGUAAAGUUGCAAUACUGCACAAAUCAUUUAGCAUUAUUAACAUUUUCAGUUGAUAAUAUGAAUAUCAAUACUUUUCUGUUCUCCUUAUAAAUUUUUCUAGCUGGGUUUGCCAGUUAUGUUUCUUCCAUGAAAGGAAGCAGAAAGGAUGCUGAGGUUCUUGUGCAACAGUUCUUCACUUUCGGCCAUUGUACUUGCUAAAGACAUAAUCUUUUAGCUUGUAAACGUUGGCUUUAAUCACAUACGUUCUUUGUCAUUUAUAAAGGAGUUUGUAUACAACUGAAGUAACUUCUUAAAGGUUAUGAUUUUAUUCCUGCGAUUUCAUAAAUAAAAUAAAAUUUUCAGCACUUUCUCAAAGGAGUAGCACUUCUGUUUUUUGGGUUUUUUUUUCACUGUAUCACAAGAGAAGGUGGCUUUUGGUCACUAACUGCAAAAUUCAGUUGCCCUGAUGCUGCUUCUUGUCCUUCCUUAUCUCAUGAAGAAGGAACUCACUUUUUUUUGCAAUCAAGUUUCCAGAGCGCUACACCGUAGGAGUUCUGUGAAGUAGGAGGUGAUAACCUCUGUUCAGGUGCUCUGAAUGAUGUAUUGUUUGGGCUAUUAAAAAAAAAAUUAGCUUCAUUUAUAAUAUUUAGACUGUUAACAUCUUUGAUAAGUUAGAGUAAAAUAUUUAGGUCUACAUAUACCGUAAUUAUUCACAGGAUGCACUUUUUGCGACAAAAUUCUCCUCCUAAAUUCAGUGUCAUUACUUCGGUUGCAGCAGCACAAGUGGCGCAAUUAGCAAUAUUACUGCAUCUUGCUGGCAGUCUCAGCUUUAAGUUUAUUCUUCGUCAUUUCUGAUGCUUUUUUUUAUGCUGCUGUGCUUCAUAUCAGAUAUAAUUUCAAACUGCAUUAGGUGUUCUCCAUGCUGAUUUCCCUCUUUGAAGAUUCUACAGCCCAGUCGUGGCUCUUGGUGCAAAUACAACAAAAGCACAAUUUUGCCCUGUUUGAGAUGUUCUUCCCUCUGUUUAGUUAUGCCGGUAGUUCUCAAAAACAGUGUAUCUAACAGUCUCUUCCCAUACCUCUCCAUACUUGAGAACAUCAAACAAAUAUGCUGUUACAUCAAGUUCAAAAUAAUAGAAUUUCUCCAUGUUUCCAGUGGAGGUAGAGAACAGGCUUUUCACAGUAACAUAGCAGGUUAAGAUAUGUGAUUUUUUAACCAAUAAAAUUCUGUUUUUUAAAAAGCAUAUACCACAUGUCUUAUAAAACCUAGGCUCUUUCAUGUAGCUACAAAAGAAAAAAAGUCAAUGUGUACCGAUUUAAAUGUAACUAAUAAUACUGUGCUCAGUAUUCAGUUUGAAGCACAGAAAGAGGGUGCUUUUUCUAAGCAAGGUACAAAUGAACAAGGCACAUUCUUCUGAAGCCAAAGGAAAGUAGUCUUCUUUCUGGAAUUGGAGAAAUCUUGAUGGGUAGUGUCCCUUUUUCACCAAUAAAACUCUAUGGCAGUUGGGAGAUCUAGAAGAUGGGUGGUGCAAGUUGGUAAAAUCCUGAAAUGAAUUGUUGUGCUCUUAUGGCUCUUCUCUUCUGGAACAGCUUUUUCUGUUUUGCAUGGGACUCCUGCAGGUGUAUCUGGACUUGCUUCCUGUGGUUGGUGUGUAUAAACAGCACACAUGCAUAAGUUCUGAAUCAGCUCAGACAAGCUACAACCAAGUCCUCUCUGUUGUAGCUGUCAAGGAAGGGGGACUCAUGUUCAGCUUUUAACUGCCAUGUGAUACGCACAUUUGUGUGUAAUUCCACAGCCUGCCAUGGUGCCUGGCAGCACCUUAAUUUAGCAAGACUUUUUUUUAAUCUCAUUUUUAUUGCCUUUCUGAUAUCACCUGGCUCCUUCUUCUCAUAACAAACAGACAAACAAAGCCUGGGGGGGAAAAAAAAAAAAACAUGGACUGCAGUAUUUUUGCAUAAUCAUAGAAUAGUUUGGGUUUGAAGGAAUGUUAAAAAUCACCCAGUUGCAACCCCCCUGCCAUGGAUGGGGGCAACCCCGACUAGAAGGGGGCUAUUGGCACUGCUGUGUUUUUUGCAUAAACUGUCAAUUUAGUUUGAUAUUUUAGUGGUUAUCAAAGAUAAUUCUAACAUCUUGGUUUGUGACUUUCUUUACAAAAAUAUAAAGCCUUUUACUGUAUGCCAUUUCCUACAGGCUAUUGAAUGUGAUUUCAUGCCUGCUAAUACAUUGUGUGAUACUUGCGAUGAGAUUUACCAGCAUUUUUAAUUUUAAUUGUAGAAAACACGUUUUUGACUGAGUUGUCUUUGGGUCUUUGUAAAAGCUGUGUUUUUUUGCUUUGGUACAUUGUUACCUCAUUUUGCUACUUCUGUUUCAGAUUUGCCUAUCAUGAAAGUUUAUGAGUUUUGUUGGAAUCAUAUUUUGUCAAGAGUUUUCUUUAAGUCAUCCUCUAUUGUAUCAUUUAAUGUAGUUUUAAGUGUGUUAUAUAUAUCUGUAACCAAAUGAUUUGAAGGCUCGAUAAAUUUUUAACAAAAUUUGUACAUUUUUUAUGAAAGUUACUAGUAAUGCUUUACUAGGUAGUGCAAUGAAUUUUUAUUUUUAAUCCCUGUGCCCAAUUUUGGAGUUGAGACAGUUGUUCAUUAA